UCGGCCCUCGUAGGCUGCCGUAGCAAAGAAAGGCAGCAAUUUCUUCCCCAGAAAAGUGCCGCCUGCCUCCGCCGUUUCGCUUUCGGUUUCACCCCAGUUGUUCGCGGAGGCGGGCUGGUGGAGCUGCUGAAGCGGAGCUUUGGAUCCCGGCCAUCAGAUUUUUGAUCCGGAUUGUUAAAAUGAGUCUACGAAAGCAAACCCCCAGUGACUUCCUAAAGCAAAUCAUUGGACGACCAGUUGUGGUAAAAUUGAAUUCUGGAGUGGAUUAUCGAGGGGUCCUGGCUUGCCUGGAUGGCUACAUGAAUAUAGCCUUGGAGCAGACGGAAGAAUAUGUAAACGGACAGCUGAAGAAUAAGUACGGGGAUGCAUUUAUCCGUGGAAACAAUGUAUUGUAUAUAAGUACACAGAAGAGAAGGAUGUGAAGACGCCAAGAGUACAGUACUUUUCAUACUUGGAUAUAUUUUUUAUGAGAUUUGGGGGGGUUCUUUUGUGACUUCCACUUGUCCCAUUUCAUAAUAGUUGGUGAUUUUUCACUGACCUGCGAGGAAGAGAAAUGUACAGAAUCAUGAUAAUGUAAUUGUAGCACGUUCCUUCCUAUUUAAGUUUCAGUCAUUUCCUUUUACCUUUUGCGUCAGUGUGCAGAAUGCAAAAGAAUAAAAAAAGAAAAACUA